AUGGCAACUAACGGUGGAAUUGAUGAUAAUGAAUGGCAGAAAUUGCCAUGUGAUCAGAAAGUUCAACAUAAAGCAUGGAAAGCUCGUAUGACUGGUUAUGAAGAAUGUGUCACAUUAUUUCGUACACAAAACUCCGAUCAAAGUCCAGAAUUUAUGAAAUAUGUUAGUUUAAUGAAAAAAUUUGUUAUUGAUUCAAAUGAAAAUGCUCGUGAAAAAGCAUUAGAUGCUGUAUUUGCUUUUGUUGAAGAAGCAAAUAUAGCUGGAAAAACAGUAAAUGAAGUUUCAUCAGGAAUAAUUACAAAAUGUUUAAAUGGACGUUCGAAAAUGAAAGAACGAGCAUUUGAUAUUAUAUUAAUGUAUAUUGAAAUUGAAAAACAAGUAGAAAUUACAGAAGAACUUGUUAAAGGUCUUGAAAAUAAACAACCUAAAAUUGUUCAAGCUUGUCUUGAAUUACUUCGAAAAGGAUUAUCUGAAUUUGGUUCAAAAGUUCUUCCAAUAAAACCAUUUCUCAAACAAGUUAUUCCAUUACUCGAUGAUCGAGAUAAAACUGUACGUGAUGAAUCAAAAUUAUUAAUUGUUGAAAUUUAUAAAUGGAUUGGCAAACAAACAUUAAUGCCAAUGAUACAAAAUGUUAAACCAAUCCAAAUGCAAGAGUUACAAACUGAAUUUGACAAAUUAGAUUUAAAUGGUAUUGAUAAACCUCGACAAACACGUUUUCUUCGUUCGCAACAAGAGCUUAAACAAAAAAUGGAAGAAACAAAUAUCCCUUCAUCUGUUAUUAUCGAAGAUCCAAAUUUUGACAUGCAAGAAGAUUUAGAUCCAUUCGAAAUGUUAGAACCAGUCAAUAUUCUUGAACGAUUAUCAAAAGAAUUUUAUGAGAAAAUUGUACGUUUAAUUCGAAUGAAAAAUCUUUCAUUGAGUUUUUUUUU